UUAUUUUGUGGGGGAGAUAGAGAAGUAACUUCAGGCAUUGAUUCCCCUCUCCUCUGGAUAUCUUGUCCUACUUUGAAAACUUGGUCUUGACUAUAAUUAACUUUCCAAGCUGUUGCCUGGGCUACUGGCCAACAUUCCCUAGCGGUCACCCACUUGCAGCUACGGAUAUCACGCAGGCCCAAAAAAGCUGUAAACAGAGCAAGCUCCAAAGGUGAGAGGAUUGGGAUGGGGACCCUCAACAGGGUACAAAACAUCUUGGAGAUCCUUGGAGAUUAAUUAGCAGGUGGGUCCACUUGGGAGGGAUGGGAUUUCAAUAUCCAUGCUGCCUUGGCCUCCUGAAAUGACAUAGAUUGUAACUAUAUCUCUGCAUAAAAUGUGCAACAUAUGCUUCAGUGGCUAAUUAAACCAUGCUCAGUGUAAACAUAUCCCACAAAUAGAGGUUUAGGUCUCAUCAUCGUAGGUAUUGUGUGCCUUCAAGUCAUUCGAGUGUAUGGUGACCCCAAGACAAAUUUAUCACAAGUUUUUUUGGCUGGAUUUGUUCAGAGCGGGUUUGCCUUUAUCUCCCACUGAAGCAGAAAGAGUGAUUGGGAGUCUUUGCCUGAUAUUUUACAUUUUUGGAGCAUGAUGACAUGGUUAAUGAAGAGAAAGCAACCCUGUUGACAUUAAUAUACUGUCACUUCACAGCCAAUUGCUCUGGUUUGUGUCAUGCUUUGAUUUGGUUGACUACAGGGUGCAUUUACAUGUAUGUCAGCCUCCAGUUCUACCACAUUCCUUCACCUGUUUCUUUGUUUUCUAGUUGUCUUUUCCAACAGGUUACUCCUUUUUGGGGGCAAUGUCAUGCACCAACAGUCCUCCUGUGAAUGCUGAAGCCAAGCACCAGUGGAAACUACGCAAUGAAGGCCACGCAGACAGUUUCUUUGCUGCAGCUUUGCACCUGAGAGAACACCACCAUCUUGUGGAUGUGACAAUGUCCCUUGGCCUGAGGACCUAUGAAGCCCAUGGGCCCCUCCUUGCUGCCGUGAGCUCCAUCUUCCGGCAGCGUCUGGAAUGUGGGGAACAAGGGGUGAUGGAGCUGGAUGGCGUGACUACACCACGGGGCUGGGAGGCCAUACUGAAUUUUGUCUACACUGGGGAGUUGCAGGCUACGUCAGAAUCCACUGGGGAGAUCUUAGAUGCAGCUGAAGCACUGGGCGUCCCACGCGUGGCCGAGAUUUGCAAGACUGUGCUACUUGGGAUGGAAACAGAGGACAGGUUGAGUCCAGCUGAAGAGAAAUGGGAGACGCUCCGAAACCUGGAAGAGCUUUAUGUCAAAGGCAUAGGCUGCAACCUGGAGCUUAAAGCUGAAGGAGAAACAUUCCGAGUUCACCGUGUGGCUUUGGCUUGUGGCUGUGAGUUCUUCCACGGCAUGUUCACCAGUGGCAUGAAGGAAUCCCGCCAGGGGGAUGCCCCUCUCUGUACCCGCUUUACCUCCACUGACCUGAGCAUAGUCAUCGCCUUUGCCUACUCUGGAGUUCUGGCUGGUGGAUGGGAUUAUCUCUUUGAUGCUGCCCAAGCGGCUCUGCAGUACCAGGUUUCAGGCAUCUUGGACCUCUGUCUCGAUUUCUUCCAUCACAGGCUGAGCCCUGAAUCUAGUCUAGAUGUCUUGUCCUUUGCCCGUGCCUUUGGUCUUCAUGAUCUGGAAAACACUGCUGAGAACUUUGUGUUGAGGAACUUUGCUCUCGUCAUGGAAACCCCCAAGUUUUUGGACCUUCCUGUCAACCAGCUGGUGGAUUUCCUCAGUUCUGAUGCCCUCUACAUCCUCAAUGAACUAGAGGCCUUUAAAGGAGCUGUCCGGUGGCUGGAUGCUGACAAGGAUGGACGGAUGGACUGUGCGGAGAGAGUCAUGCGCUGCAUUAGAUUCUCCUUGAUGUCUACUCGGGAGUUCAAGCAGGUGCGGACAGAAGAGAUGAUGGCUUCUCCAGGCCGCCUCUAUAACAUCAUGGUCCAGUCUUUAGCCAGCCUCCCACCAGGUCCCUCCAAGAUGGAACAACUCCCUUGCCGGGUGUGGUAUCCAGAGAAAGUGAUUGUCAUCAGUGGAGGAGAUCUUAUGGCCAAAAACAUGGCCACUCGCAGCCCUACUGCGGAUGUUUGGUUUUCUCACCGCUUCCGCAAUGGCAUUGGAUUGGUCAAGCAAGUCGAAUGGCGACGUCUAGCGGACCUCCCUGAAGGGCCACGGUUCCGGCACGCCGUGGCAGUCAAGGAUAAUGUGAUGUACAUAUUUGGAGGGAAACAUUACUACGGCGUCAGGGACACCAUGUGCUCUGUAUUCAAAUUUGAUCCCCUCUGUCAAUGUUGGGAGAGAUUGGCUGACAUGACCAGUCUCCGGAGCUAUUUCCCAGUAGUCUUUCUGGACGGCUUCUUCUAUGCUCUGGGAGGAGGCUCCAAUGAUGUCUAUUGCCUGGAUUCAGUGGAGUGUUAUGAACCCAAGGCCAAUACCUGGAGGCCCUGCGAACCCCUGCCUGCCUCACUCUGUGGCCAUGCCGCUUGCGUCUUAGAUGGUGCCAUUUAUGUCUCCGGAGGUAGCGAUGGUUCGUGCCGCUGCCACUCCACCCUGAUCCAGUAUCGCCCAGGUGCACCUCCCAUCCUGCUGUCCAACAUGCGGGAGGAAAGGGCAGGACAUGUUAUGGAAGUCCUGGAUAGACGGCUCUACGUGGCGGGGGGCCUGCGUUGGCGGGACGGCCAUGGGGGCUACGCUGAUCAAUUGGCUUGCGAAGUGUACAACCCCAGCCUUGACCUAUGGCUCGCACUCAGUCCUCUACCACAGGCCCAUGUCAUCGCUGGCUCUGCUGUUCUGGAAGGCGAGCUCUACAUCUUGGGGGGCUACAGCCAUAACACCUAUCGCGACACUCACCUGAUUCAUUGCUAUAACCAUAUUCACGACCGAUGGGUCAGCGUUGGGACAUUGCCUCAAGCUUAUGCUGACCUCAGGGCCUGCAUCUUAGAAGUCCCUACUAGCUUGAGGAGAAAAGAAGCUUUGCAUUUGGAUGCUCCUAGUUUGGAAAUCUCUGAGGAGCCUUCCAUAGAGUCCCCACGUUCAUACAAUAGUUAAGAGUUUCUAAUUCAGCUACAUUC